CCCGCCCGCCCGCCGCCAUCUUGCGAGGAGCCGCCGCGGGACCGUCCGCCGGCGGGGCCGGCGCCGCUCGGGCUGCCCGGGCUGCCCAGGGCUCACGGGGCCGCCCCGGCGGGCGGGAAGAGCCGGGGCGGGCGGCGGCGGCGCCAUGGAGGAUGAAAUGCCCAAGACCCUGUACGUGGGGAACCUCUCCAGGGACGUGACCGAGGCUCUGAUCCUGCAGCUCUUCAGCCAGAUUGGACCCUGCAAGAACUGCAAGAUGAUCAUGGAUACAGCUGGCAAUGACCCCUACUGCUUCGUGGAGUUCUACGAGCACCGGCACGCGGCGGCGGCGCUGGCGGCCAUGAACGGCAGGAAGAUAAUGGGUAAGGAGGUCAAAGUGAACUGGGCCACCACCCCCAGCAGCCAGAAGAAAGACACCAGCAAUCAUUUCCACGUGUUUGUUGGAGACCUCAGCCCUGAGAUCACAACUGAGGACAUCAAAGCAGCUUUUGCUCCCUUUGGAAGAAUCUCGGAUGCACGGGUGGUCAAGGACAUGGCCACAGGCAAGUCCAAGGGCUAUGGCUUUGUGUCCUUCUUCAAUAAAUGGGACGCUGAGAACGCCAUCCAGCAGAUGGGGGGGCAGUGGCUCGGGGGGCGACAGAUCCGAACCAACUGGGCCACCAGGAAACCUCCAGCUCCCAAGAGCACCUAUGAGACAAACACCAAACAACUGUCCUACGAGGAGGUGGUCACUCAGUCCAGCCCCAGCAACUGCACCGUGUACUGCGGGGGGGUCACCUCGGGCCUCACAGAGCAGCUGAUGCGCCAGACCUUCUCCCCGUUCGGGCAGAUCCUGGAGAUCCGAGUGUUCCCGGAUAAAGGCUACUCCUUUGUCAGGUUCAGCUCCCACGAGAGCGCCGCCCACGCCAUCGUCUCCGUCAACGGCACCAGCAUCGAGGGGCACGUGGUGAAAUGUUACUGGGGCAAGGAGACCCCUGACAUGGUCACACCUGUGCAGCAGGGCCAGCUGAGCUACCCGCCCCCCUACGGGCAGUGGGGGCAGUGGUACGGGGGGGCCCAGCUGGGCCAGUACGUGCCCAACGGCUGGCAGCUGCCCAGCUACGGGCUGUACAGCCAGGCCUGGAACCAGCAGGGCUUCGGGCAGAGCCAGUCCUCAGGGCCCUGGAUGGCUGCCAGCUACGGCGUGCAGGGGCAGAACGGCGCCGUGGUGCCGCCCCAGCCCGGCUUCCGCGUGGGCUUCGAGACCCCCUGAGCCCCCCCAGCCACCAAAUCAUGGAGUGAACCCCCCCAGCCUCCAAUUUCAACAAAAUCCUUCCCCUUUCCACCCCAAAAAAAACAGAAAAAAAAAAAAAAAACAAAC